UCCAACAUUGAGAAAACACAGGAUGAUGUUUCUUGGGGUUACCAUUCUGCUGCAAGAGGCUCUUGCAGUUGCAGCUGUAGCCCUGGACCCCUGCUCUGCCUACAUCAGCCUGAAUGAACCUUGGAGGAACACUGAUUACCAUGUCAACCAGUCAUCUGGUGUGCCCCUGUGCGACAGCCAUGUGUCUGGAGAAUGGUAUCGCUUCACUGGCAUGGCGGGUGAUGCCAUGCCCACCUUCUGCAUCUCUGAGAAUCACUGUGGCACCCAUGCUCCCAUCUGGCUCAACGGCAGCCACCCCCAGCCCCACGAAGGUAUCAUCACCCUGCCUGUGUGCGCCAGCUUCAAUGACAACUGCUGCCAGUGGAACGCCAGUGUAGAUGUGAAGGCCUGCACUGGGGGGUACUUUGUCUACCGCCUGCCCAGACCCUCAGUCUGCUUCCAUGUUUACUGUGGCCAUUUCUAUGAUAUCUGUGAUGAGAUGGAUUGCGUAGGUCCCAGAUGUCCAGAGUCCGAGUGUCGCUGUGGGCCCGGAACUGUCCUGGGACCAGACAAACAAACAUGCCUGGAUGUGAAUGAGUGUGAGAAGGGCAACGGCGGCUGUGCAGAGGUGUGUGUGAACACCAAAGGCUCCAGGCGUUGUGAGUGUGGGCCAGGGCGAGUGCCGGAUGAGGAUGGACACAACUGCAGAGAGACAGCAGGCUGUCAUGUUAACAAUGGAGGCUGCAGCCAUGGCUGCUCCUCGCUGCUGGACUCCUAUCGGUGCCACUGUCCCAGAGGGCUGGAGCUGGGAGACGAUAAACGCACAUGUCAGGUGCCGGUCCAGUGUGAUCCCAGCUCUAUUACAGUGUCAGUUCCUAAGGACCUUGUAGGAGGAUUGGAGCUUUUCCUGUCAAACUCCUCUUGUCGUGGCGUCUCCAACGGCACACACAUCAAUCUCAGCUUCAGCCUCAAGACUUGCGGCACUGUGGUGGAGGUGACUGACGACAAGAUUGUGGGGACCAACCUGGUGACGGGCCUUCCCAGGAGCAGCCCGGGCAGCAGCAGGGACCUGAUUGUCCGCACCAGCAAGUUAGUGCUUCCAGUUACCUGUGAGUUCCCCAGAGAAUACCAUGUAUCAGAUGAAUAUCAGGCAAGUCAGCGCAGCUCAGCCCUGGAGCUGGCAGGCCACAGUGAGGGAGUCUUCCCCUUCUCCCUGGAGCUGUUCAAGAAUGCGGAAUUCUCCGAGCCCUACCGCACACCACCACAGCUGCGUCUGCACGACUCCCUGUUCUUCGGAGUGGAGCCCAAAGAGCGAGUGGAGGGCCUCUCUGCGCUAGUAGAGAGCUGCUUCGCUACACCAGGACCCAAAGUUGACCAGGCCCUGAAGUAUUACCUCAUCAAAGACGGGUGUAUCUCUGAUGAAACAGUGACACAGUAUUCCUCAAAGGACCAGCUCUCUAAGCACUACCAGGUCCCUGUCUUCAAGUUCAUUGGCAAGGACAACCGACAAGUCUUCCUCCACUGUCAGGUGUUAGUAUGCGGGGCAGGAGACUCUCGCUGCGCUCAGCGUUGCCGGGGACGUGUUCGCCGGGAGGUUUGGACUGGUGGAUCUCAGGAGCAGCACACACUGAGUGGAGGCCCCAUCUUCAUCAUGCCUGAGCCAUGACGCUAGCAUAAAACCAUUGACACAAACAGCCGGAAAAACACAAGAACAAAAGGAGUACAAAAACUACAUUUAGAUGAAAGCAGAUUAACUGUUUCAGUUUAUUUGGUAUUUAAUACACCAAACAUAGGUUUAGAUACACAGAGCAGUCCACAUUGCUCUCUUUGAAAUUCCCACAUAUAUACAUACACAUGCAGAAGUACAGUAUAUACACAAGUUCCAGUGUCAGUCACAGUGCUGUGGAUCACAUGAAUUCUGGUUAGUACAUCUAAGUCUGUGCAUCUCUGCCACUCUGCCUGGCAGCACAAUUUACCGACAUUAAAUUGAAUGACACUUCUAUUAGAAAUCAUUUGGAGGGGCCACAGUUCAUUUGUAACAACAUGAUGCUGCAUGAGGAAUGUUUUUCUAGGUCAUAGGCAUUUCUCAGGCUUGAUUAGGGUUCUCAGCUUAGAGAUUUACAGUAGUGGAUUUAUGAAAAUGGUUUAUAUUUUACAACACCACUGACUUGAAAAAUACACGUGGAACAUCCAUAGAUGCAUUCUGACUCAUUCCCUCAGUUUAAUAGAUGGCUGUGGAGCACGUCACACAUUCCGGUGUAAGAGAUAUCAGUGAGCCAUGUCUGGGAAUUAUUCAUCCACUUCAUCACUCUGACAAUUAAUCUGCAAUUAUUCAUGUCAGUUAAAAUGCAAUUAGUCAUGCAUUUAUUCAUAAAAAAAUAACAAAUAAGUGGCAAAUAACUUACAUCAAACAUUAACAUGUUAACAUCUGUAUUAGGCAUUACAUUUACAUGACACUGGCUUAUGUUUUGUGCAGACUAGCCUGAUAAAUGUUAAACAGCAGCAUGCAAGGAGCCAUGUGAGCCGUAGCAAUUAUCCUGUGUCUUUCUAUCAAGAGGAAAUUAAUCCAACUACAAUAUCCUUCCCAUCAGGCACUUUGUUUGGAGUCAUCAAAGUAAUUUAUGGUAAUGGAGUCAUAUGCCUAAAAAUGGCCUAAAAUGAAAUGGAGUAUGGAGAGUAUAAUAUGCAUGAGCAGCUAAUUAAGAUUCUGAAAGUCAUAUUCAGACACCUCAUAUUUGUUAGUGCUGCCUAUGAAUAAACUGUUCUUAUGCAUCUGUCUUUUCUAACUCCCGGGCUCUGAAUCUUGAGAGGGCUCAUGUUAAGUAUUUCCUCUUUAAAACCCAACUAUAAAUAUACAGUAUAAUCUGUGGAAAUA